AUGGCCCAUUUGAUGAUGUUCAGGGAUAUAGCUGUAGACUUCUCUCAAGAGGAGUGGGAGUGCCUGGACUUGGAACAGAGACAUUUGUACAGAGAUGUGAUGUUGGAGAACUACAGCAACAUGAUCUCACUGGGACUUUGCAUUUAUCAGCCAGAUGUAUUCUCUUUACUGGAGAAGGGAAAAGAGCCCUGGAUAUUUUUACAGGAUGAGACAAGAGGACAUUGCCCAGACAUGCCAUUCAGAUGUCAAACCAAGGAGUUAUCACAAAAAAGUGUUACUUUUGAGAGAGAAUUAUCUCAAUUGGAAAUCUGUAAAAAACACAACCUUGAAUAUUCAUGUUUUAGGGCUGAUUGGGAAAGCAAAGGUCAGUUUGAAACACAACAGGAAAAUCAGGAAGAAUGUUUAAAGCAAGUUAUACUCACCGAUGAAAAAAUGUCCACUUUUAACCAUCACACAGCUCACAGACUUGAUACAGGAAAGAAACUGAAUGAAUUUAAAGAGCGUGCGAAAGCCUUUUGUUCUGGCUCGGACUGUGAUCAACAUCAAUUAAUUCACACUGGUGAGAGAUUUUGUGAAGAUAAAGAAUAUGAGAAGACCUUUCUUUCUGAUUCAGAACUUGCUCAAUAUCAGACAGUACACUCUGCCAAGAAAACAUAUGAAUGUAAAGAAUGUGGGAAGGCUUUUAGUUUGCGUUCAAGUCUUACUGGUCACAGGAGGAUUCAUACUGGUGAAAAACCUUUUAAAUGUAAGGAAUGUGGGAAGUCCUUUAGAUUUCAUUCACAACUUAGUGUUCAUAAGCGUAUUCAUACUGGUGAGAAAUCUUAUGAAUGUAAACAAUGUGGGAAAGCCUUCAGUUGUGGCUCAGAUCUUACACGACAUCAGAGAAUUCAUACCGGUGAAAAACCUUAUGAAUGUAAUGAGUGUAGAAAGGCCUUUAGUCAGCGAUCACAUCUUACUAAACAUCAGAGAAUUCACACUGGUGAAAAACCUUAUGAAUGUAAGCAGUGUGGAAAAGCGUUUACUCGUGGUUCACACCUAACUCAACAUCAGAGAACUCAUACUAGUGAGAAAUCUCAUGAAUGUAAGGAAUGUGGAAAAGCCUUUAUUCGUGGUUCAAAUCUUGCUCAACAUCAGAAUGUUCAUGUUGGUAGGAAACCCUAUGAAUGUGAGAAAUGUGGAAAAGCCUAUAUCUGGAGUUCACACCUUGCUAGACAUCAACGAAUUCAUAAUGGUAGGAAACCUUAUGAAUGUAAGCAAUGUGGGAAGACAUUUAUUUGGGCCUCCUAUCUUGCUCAACAUGAGAAAAUUCAUAAUGAGAGGAAACUCUAUGAAUGUAAGGAAUGUAGAAAGACCUUUCGUCAUGGCUCAGAGUUUAAUCGGCAUCAAAAAAUUCAUACUGGUGAAAGAAACUAUGAAUGUAAGCAAUGUGGAAAGACCUUUUUGCGUGGUUCAGAACUUAAUCGACAUCAGAAAAUCCACACUGGAAAGAGACCAUAUGAAUGUGAAGAAUGUGGAAAAGCCUUUCUCUGGGGUUCACAACUUACUCGACAUCAGAGAAUACAUACUGGUGAGGAACCUUAUGUAUGUAAAGAAUGUGGGAAAUCUUUUAUCUGGGGUUCACAGCUUACACGACAUAAGAAGAUUCAUACUGAUACAGAAUCAUAUGAAUGUAAAGAAAGUAGCCAGAUCUUUAGUCCCCAUCCAUAUUUUACUGAGCAGAAAAUUCACAAUGGUGAGAAUCUCUAUCAAUGGAAAGACUAUAGGAACACCUUUAGUCAGGACUCAGACUUUGCUCAACAUCAGGAUAUUUACACUUUUGAGAAAUCCUAUGAAUGUAAAAAUUUUGAGACAUUUUCUCCAAGCUCUCAUCUUAUUUCACUCUUGUGA